UCCCCGGUCCGCACACGUGCAAGAGGAAGUGGCGCGGUCUGUGGCCGUCGCGUUCGUGCUCGGCCCCGCAACGUGGAGCCAUGGGAGGCCUGGAAAAGAAAAAGUAUGAACGAGGCUCUGCCACCAAUUACAUCACCCGGAACAAAGCCCGGAAGAAGCUUCAGCUGAGCCUGGCUGACUUCAGACGGCUGUGCAUCCUGAAGGGCAUUUACCCCCAUGAGCCCAAGCAUAAGAAGAAAGUUAACAAGGGUUCCACGGCAGCCCGGACUUUUUACCUCAUCAAAGACAUCAAGUUUCUCCUCCAUGAACCCAUUGUCAAUAAGUUCCGGGAAUACAAGGUGUUUGUCCGGAAGCUCCGGAAGGCCUAUGGGAAGAGUGAGUGGAACACCGUGGAACGCCUGAAAGAUAACAAGCCCAACUACAAGCUUGACCACAUUGUCAAGGAGCGGUACCCCACUUUCAUUGAUGCUCUGCGAGACUUGGAUGAUGCCCUGUCCAUGUGCUUCCUCUUCUCCACCUUCCCCCGCACGGGCAAAUGCCACGUGCAGACCAUUCAGCUCUGCCGCCGCCUCAGUGUGGAGUUUCUGCACUAUGUCAUCGCUGCCCGUGCCCUGCGCAAGGUUUUCCUAUCGAUCAAAGGGAUUUACUACCAGGCUGAGGUGCUGGGGCAGCCUAUAGUGUGGAUCACACCCUACGCCUUCUCCCAUGAUCACCCGACAGAUGUGGACUACAGGGUCAUGGCCACUUUCACCGAGUUCUACACCACCCUGCUGGGCUUCGUCAACUUCCGCCUCUACCAGUCACUUAACCUCCACUACCCUCCAAAGCUUGAGGGUCAGGUCCAAGCAGAGACAAAGGCCAGCGAGGCCACUUACGCCCUGGACUCCGAGAGCUCUAUAGAGAAACUGGCGGCCCUCAGUGCCAGCCUGGCCCGAGUGGUGGUGCCUGCUGUGGAGGAGGAGGCCGAGGCCGAUGAGUUUCCUGCUGAUGGGGAGAUGGCCACACAGGAGGAGGAGCGCAGGAAGGAGCUCCAGGCACAGGAAAAACACAAGAAGCUCUUUGAGGGCCUGAAGUUUUUCCUAAACCGUGAGGUCCCCCGCGAGGCCCUGGCCUUCAUCAUCAGGAGUUUUGGGGGAGAAGUGUCCUGGGACAAGUCUCUGUGCAUCGGGGCCACCUAUGAUGUCACAGACUCCUGCAUCACCCACCAGAUUGUCGACCGGCCUGGACAGCAAACAUCUGUCAUUGGCAGGUACUACGUGCAGCCCCAAUGGGUGUUUGAUUCUGUGAACGCCCGGCUGCUCCUCCCUGUGGCUGAGUACUUCCCCGGGGUGCAGCUGCCCCCACACCUGUCACCCUUCGUGUCUGAGAAGGAGGGAGAUUACAUCCCACCUGAGAAGCUGAAGCUGCUGGCUCUGCAGCGGGGAGAGAGGCCAGAACAUGUAAAAGAGGAGGAAGAGGAUGAGGAAGAAGAGGAUGAGGAAGAAGAGGAAGACAAUGAAGACGAUGGUGAUGAAGGGGAAGAAAAUGAAGAGGAGGGGACCAGUUCCGAAAAGGAGGAAGAAGCCCAGCUGGCAGCCAUGGAGGAGCAGAGGCUCGGGGGAAAGAAGCCCAGAGUGAUGGCGGGUACCGUGAAGCUGGAGGACAAGCAGCGGCUAGCCCAGGAGGAAGAGAGUGAGGCCAAGCGCCUGGCCAUCAUGAUGAUGAAGAAGCGGGAAAAGUACCUUUACCAAAAGAUCAUGUUUGGCAAGAGGCGGAAAAUCCGAGAGGCAAGUUGCUGCUGUGCCUGGCAGGCCUGGGCAGCUGGGGCACUCUCUUGGUGCCUUCUUCUGGGGUCACCCCUGGGCCUUGCCUCCCACAGGGCCUCAGUCCCUUACUGCUCUCAGCUGUUCUGAGUUUAGGGUCUGGAAACCAUUAUCCUGGCAGACUUGAGAGGUUGCUGUUAGACUUACUCUUUUUUUUUUUUUUUUUCUGCUUCACAAGUCACAUGUUUACUUAAAACCAAUUAUAUGCCCCAGAAUUCUGUAACAGAUGACACAUAACUGGCUCACAGCCCUGCCUUUGAGCUUGCUAGUAG